GGGGAUGUCAUCACAGAGCAGGGGGAGGGGAUGUCCAUAGUGGCUUGGAGCUCAUCUGAUGCUGGUAACCUCCAGAGGCCUUGCUUGUAAACACCCUCAACCAGUGGAUUUGGGGGGCAGUUUGCAACACGUUCAUUCUGAGGGACGAGCAUCCAGACCGCAGCACCUGUGUCUCAAGUCACCCGACCUCUGGGAGCACUCUUUCCCCAUCUGGCCUUCUCUAUGACAGGAGCUACGCUCAUUAAACUCAGCCACAGAGGAGGGGGAAGGUGUGUGCCAUUGGCACAAUUUGUAAAAUUACACACACACACACCCUGCUCUUCGGCAAGACCUUCGUCAUAGGGGCGCCUCGUUGCUUUCUCCAAUAUAUGAUGCUGAAAAGGAUGAGUGAAAAAAAAAGCCAACUUCUUUCCCCCUAAAUUGUCUCUGCUAUAGCUUUUGCACUUUAUGUUGAAAUUAUUGACUUUUGAUCUGGCCACACCAUUCUCCUUUCUUCUCUUUGGUGCUGGGCUCUGCCAGCCAAAAUUUAUGACCCAUUUUCCUUCUGCUUAAUUGUUGUUAUAAAUCUGCUGUGCAGAACGCCGUUGUAAAUUUAUCACAAACUGGAUCGGAUUGAUAUAUGGCCUCUCUUUAGGAUAAUUUGAACACAGUUAUGCCUUAGAAGGAAGGCCAAAUUUUUAAAAACUUCUCUUGAAGAGCUGCUCUGUAGCCAUUAUAAAUAUCUAAUUAAAAUACAACUUACUCUCUUCUUAAGGAUAAAAGAACACUCCGCGCCGGUUAUUUCAGCUGAUUAGCUCAUGCUGCUAAUGUGAGCAGGGUGGGGAUUUGCUCUUUGAAGCAGCCAGAGGAGCUCAGGGGAAAGCAGCACAUUCCACAGCUGCAAAGAAAAAUAAAAAAAAAAAAAUAGCCGUUUUACCCCCAACCAGCUAUUUCAUAAAUACAUGGCCUUGGUCACAGGGGGAGGCCUGGGUGGAAGACAUGAAUAGCUUAACCAGAUUCAUCCUCCCUAUGGGAAAACAACGUCUCCCAUUUGGGAUCCCACACAGGGGCAGCCGUCACUCAGGGAGCGGGGCGCGGCUCACGCGGAGACCCCGUGAAACACUGCGGAGGGUUUGGCCCCCUCGGGAGGGCUGCUGGGGACCUGCCUGCUGGCUCGGUGCCCCCCAUCAGCUCCGUUACCCAGGCACACGAGCCUUCCUGGUUCUCCUGGAUCCUCCCCUGCCCUCCAUGUCCCAGCCCGGAUGUCAGAACACAAAGCAGCAAUGCCUAGGAAGGAGUCUGCCACAGAGACAGCUGACAGCCCAGUGAAUCAAGCCAAGGACUGGGAGAUGAGCAGGCGAGAGCGGCUGCAACGCCGGCCCCCAGCUGGAGGCUCCCAGAAUCAGCGCCUAGGAACCACCUGGGUGCCUCACUAAACCCGCAGGUCCUGGCAGCAGGCGUUUGGCUCAUGGGGGAGAUGCCACAUGGGACACCCCCCUUCUCUAUCAGAGUGCCUGGGUUCAAGGGCCAGCCCCACUCCCAAUUCCAGCUUCCUACUAAUGAGCGCCCUGGGAGGCAGCAAGUACCUGGGCCCCUGCCACCCACAGGGAGACCCAGAUGGAGUUCCCUGUUUCUGGCUUCAGCCCAGCCCAGCCCUGGCUUUGUAAACAUUAGAGUAAUGAAGCAGUAGGUGGGGGAUCUCUCUCUCUCUCUCUCUCUCUCUCCCUCUCUCCCUCUCUCCCUCUCUCUGCCUUGCAAAUAAAUAAAAAACUUUUUAAAAAGCCCCUGCAGAUUCUGAUUUAGUAACACAAAACAACAAGGCCUGGGGAAGAAUUUGGAACAAAGAACCAAGGCCUGGGAGUGUAAAUCUCUAACAAGCAUCCAGGUGAAUCAUACUGCUGGUCCAUGGCCCACACUGUGAGGAGCUGGGCACUAAACCAUACAUUUCUCCCUCUCUCUCGCUCUCUCUCUCUCACUUGUGAUAUGUGAGGGGUCUUCAGAAAGUUCAUGGAAAAUGUGUUACAGGGCCCAGCACUGUGCUGUAAUGGGUAAAGCUGCCGCCUGUGACACCAGUAUCCCAUAUGGGCACCAGUUCAUGUCCUGGCUGCUCCACUUCCGAUCCAGCUCCCUGCUAGUGCACCUGGGAAAGCAGAAGAUGGCCCAAGUCCUUCAGUCCCUGCUACCCAUAUAGGAGACCUGGAAGAUACUCUUGGCUCCUGGCUUCAGCCUGGCCCAGCCCCAGCUGUUGUGGCAAUCUAGGGAGUGAACCAGCAGAUGGAAGAUCCCCCUCUGUCUCUCCCUCUCUGUCUAUAUAUGUCUUUCAAACAAAUAAAUAAAUUUUUAAAAGAAAAUGUGUAUUAUGAACAAGCUACACAUGGAUUUCAAAACUAUUUGCAACAAAACCAACUUAUCUUUUUAUUAUUUGAGAGAGAGAGAGAGUGUUCCCAUCUAGUGGUUCACUCCCCAGAUGCCCACAACGGCUGAGGCUGCGGCUGCGGCUGGGCCAACCCAAAGCUGUGAGCUGGGAACUCAAUCCAGGUCUCCCAUGUGGGUGGCAGGAAAUCAAGUCCUUGAGCCGCCGCCUGCUGCAUGGCAGGGUGCACACGUGCAGGGAGCUGGAGUGCGGGGCCUCCAGUACCGGGUGUGGGCGUCCCAAGCAGGCCCCUAAGUGCCAGACGUCCACUCCAGCUUACCUUUGGCUCCACUCUUCCACAAACUUUGGAAGCAGUCCCAGAUGGGACUCCUGGUUAAAGCACGGAUGUUCUGCAAUAAUUUGCCUUUUGCUAAUACACUGUGACGGCUCCAAGAUUGUUCCAGUAACAAUGUCCUCAGUAUACUGAGUGGGAGACAGAGUGAUGUAGGAAUUAUCCAGUCACAACACACAUUAGAAGUACGUUAAUCCUUCUAAAUACUAAAAUUCUCUUGCUUCCUUAAAUGCUCUCCGUGGGGGGAGGCCAGGAGGAGCUUUCGAGUUGAUUCCAGGUCAUUUUCCAAGCAGAUAAGGUGGUGGCCAGAGCCUUCUGCCGGAUGUGUGCACAGAGCGGGGACCUGUAGCCCCCAGGAGCCCCCAGGCACGCCCCUCAGGGAGGGAGCUCCAUGUGGCCCCUCGGCCGCGCGAGCCAGCGCUUCUGGAGGCCAGGUGAGAGGCAGUGGCCAAGGGGAACUUGCGCUGCCCUCUCUCUGAUGCCAAGAACAAAGUGGGCUGUCUCACAGAGGACCCGGCAGCUUCAAUGGGGCCACUUCCUGUGCUUUCCUGGGAGCGUCUGACCUGGACGGGGAAGUUAGGCCGUGCCCCUGCGGGGUCAUCAGAGCUGUACCUCUGCCACUCUCCCACGCUCCACAUCCAAACCCGUGCCCACAGUGAGCUCUGGGAAGCAGGACCCUCCCUCCGCCGAGUGGGCCUGCUCCCAGGAGCCUCAGCUCCACUCCCAGGCCCUGUGUUAUACAGGUCGCGGUGCCCCGCCUCUUCCUCUUCCUCUCCCUUCUCCUCCUACCCCAUCUCUCUGUUUCCUGUUCUCUCUCCUGCGAUGCUCGUAGCCCUAUUUUGUCUCCUUCCCGUCUCCCUUGCCCUUAACCUUCCCUUGGCUCCAUCCCCAGAUCCGGAGAGAGCCAGAAUCACUCCUGCUCCUCCCUGCCCACUGCCCACGUGCCAGCUGGUAAUGGCACAGAGCAAGGUGGCAAAGCGGGCGGCAGGCUGAGGAGCAGGAAGGAUUGGCAGGUGCUGUCUCUGGGCUGCCGGGCUUCAUCAAGUGCCCCACUUCAGCACUUCGCAAUGUUCGCAGUGAAUGCUGGAAGUCCCUGCCGAGCAGGGGGAGAGGUGGCCUGCAAACAGCUCAGCCCUGACGCCGUCCGCGUCGGUACCCGGGCCUCUGGAGGGCCCGGCUUUGCUAAGCAGUCAAGUGGGCUUGGGGCACGUCAACCCAGAAAAGCGAGAAUUGGAAGUAAACUCAGGAGCGUCAGCGCCACAGGUGACGUUCAGGGUCCUGCGGGUCCGGCUGGCGCUGAACUGGAUUCACGGCGGAGUGGCUCACUGAUUUAACUUCGGCUGCAUUAUGGGCUCUUAAGCAUCAAAAGAAUGAGUUUCACUCCCAGCAAUCAGCUUCUGAAAUAGCAGAAUAAACACAUACAUUUUUUAAAAACUUCCCUCCACUCUCUAUUUUUUAAGUUUACUUGAAAGGUAGGGAGACAGAUGGAGACCUCCCAAUUCUCCGAAUGCCCACAACAGCCAGAGCUGGACCAGUCUGAAGCUAGAAACCGGGAACUCAGCGCUGGUCUCCCGCAUGGGUGGCAGGGACGCAAGCACUUGAGCCAUGACCUCUCAUGGUGAGCAUUGGCGAGACGCUGGAACUGGGAGCGGAGGCAGGACUGAACCCGUAAGAUAAGGGUGUCCCAAACAGCACCCUCACCGCUGCACCUCCCCCAGCUCUGCUGACCAGAGUCACUUCACACGGGUGGUGCAGGAGCACCCAGAAUGGUGUCAUCCGGGAGGAACUUAGACAGCUUCUCCCUGCAAAAACCCUUUGUGCCGCCAGGCUUCACAUUCCCCAUGAGGAGGGCCUGCCUGCCUUCUGACCCAGUAUCCACUAGCUGCACUCCUACUCAGGUGUGGCCAACAGAAUCGACUCUCCACGGACCUGCAGGCCCCACCAGAGCCGGGUGCCUCCCCUGCUGGGGGCGCGGCUGCAUCCCAGGCCCCAGAACAGUGCCUGGCACAUGGAGGGCUGGAGAGAAACAGGGCUGUGAGUGCGAGGGGAUGCAUGCAGCGCGUCUCUUCCCCUGGCGGUGGGGAAGGCGCCCUGGGGACAGCGGCGAGCUCCUGCUGCCAGAAGGAGGAGCAGACAGCAGUGAGGGAGAGGAGGCCGUUGCUGAGCAAGGGGGACAGGUGUGAGGCCGCCCGGGGCCGCCCCCCAUCCUACAGCCGGGUCCUGUGGGGCUCCUCUGGCCAUAGGUCAUGCUAUGCCAUGGAAAGGAGGGACCUGGGCUCCAUGGGGGCCCCAGGGCCACGCGGGGCAGCUCCCAGCCAGCACAGGGAUCUGACAGGAGGCCACAGAGCUGUGCUCCAGGAACUCACUGCCUAGCGCUCCCGCCUCUGCCGGCCCCCGCCUGGCGGCCCCUGUUCUCCUCUUUCAGUGCACAGCAUCGGAGCGGCAAGCAAUCACCCCUGCUGGGGCUAGCUCCGUGCUCGCUAACAGCCAGUCCCAGAGAGCCGAGAGCGCAGGGACAUUAGGAAGUCCAGACACAAGGGACUUUCCUGAAUGUCUUCCUGAAGCUCACACACCCCCCUCAGGGUUCCCGUAAGUCUGUCUUGCCCUAGGACUGCAGGCAGCACUCCGUUCCGGGGCUGUGUGCACGCACACUGUCUUCUUUCUAGACGACGUUUUGUAACUGAAUACGGCACGUGUGAAAAUGUCACCUGCAGAGCCUGUGGGUCCAGGAAAUGAGCAUUCCAGAGCAGGAGGGAUGUCCGCCCCCCUGGGAACUGCAGUGUGUAUGCUUUAUGAAGUUAAACAUUUAGAAAUCUGUCUUUAAAAUUUAAAUAUUUAGAUUGGGUCUCUAGGACACAAAGAGCAAUGCCUGUUUCUCACUCGUGUAAUUCGGUUUUUUUCCCCCUUUUGGUAGCACAAGUUGUUUUUCAAAGCCUCAUUGCUUGAAUAUUCCCUAUAGGAGGAAUGUAAUUAAACUCCACUGGCCUCCCCCCGCUGGGACCAAACUGAGACCCGAGCUGCAGGGCACAUAAAACAGACACCCUGCAAAAGGAAUCCUUUUUCCAGAGAUGAGAGAGAAUCCACUUCCCCCUGGUUGUGAACAAGCUUUCGAAAGCCACCCAGGCUUUCUGCAACGGGCUGGGUCUCCCAAGACAUUUUCAUUAGUAACUCAAGACUGGAAGGAGGAAGAUAAACUCGUCACCUCCUAGCUGCAGGCGAGAACUUCGCCUCCACGAGCGGCCGACUCCGUGGCUGAGGAGGGGAGGGGAGUGGAGGGGUGCUCUUGAAAAAGAACCAACCUGUUCAUGGCAUCGGCACAGCCAGCUGUCCUGCCAGGACUCCCAUGAGUCCCGGGCCUUGGGGAUGCCCUCGCUAGAGCCACCUCCUCUCUCUGGGACACUAGCCUCCACUGCUGCCAAUGCAAGGGGCACGCCACUCCGGCAGGCAGGGCCCCGAGACUAUGCCGUCCCGGGAGAGCACACUGGGCACGGAGCCUCCGUGCACUGGCAGUGUGACAUGUGCUCCUUGUGCCUCAGUUCCCCUGUCUGUGAAAUGGGGAUAGGAACCUUACAGAGCUCAUGAGGCUGUUGUAAAGGGCAAGUUAAUCUAAGGCUAAUGUUUGGGACGGCCUUGGCAUGAUGGGCACAUUAGCUACGGCCACCCCCUCUCUGCACCUCAGUCCCCCUGUUUGUAAAAGGAAAGAAAUUGGCCUAGACCCCUCCUCUGCCAGCAGUGGGGGUGAGGAGGAGGAGGAAGACAGGUGGAUGCUGAUACGCCAGACCCUAAACCAAUGAGUUUAUGUAAAGAGGCAACGUGGUCGUCACAAAGCUUUUAUGAAGCAGGUGCUAUCACCACCUCCAUUUCAUUGGCAGGGAAAGAGUCCAUGUCGGGAGGGAUCUCCAAAGAACAGAACCGACAGGGGUGGGGGCAUGGAGAGACGGGGAGGGGGAGAGACUGACCCUAAGGAACUGGCUCAUGUGACCGGAGGCCGGCGGGUCCGCAGGGCACUCACACAGGGCAGCGGCUGCAGCUUGAACUCCUCACCGGACCUCAGCUUCGCUCUUGAAGCCCUCAGCGGGUCGGACGAGGCUCGCUUGCCCCGUCAGUGACGCUGGGUGUCAGCGGGUCCGCACAGCACAGCAGCAGUGAGAGGCACGUUGGAUUAGCUAGCUGGGCACUGCAGCCCAAGUUGACACAGAAGUCCGACCACGACAGAGGCGUUGCGAAAGCGACACGCAGGAAGCACCCAGCUCGCGGCGGCACUGCCACCUCCCUGCUGCCUUGGCAUCCCCUCCAGCGCCGUCUCCGUGGUUCCGUGGCUGUUUCUCAGUGCCGUGGGGUCGGCUGGUGGGGGCUCCUUCGUGUCCGUAAAGGGGGGCUGGAAGCAGUAUCUGCACUGCUCUCUUUUAUCUUUUUCAUUUAUUUAUUUGAGAAGCAGAAAGAGAGCGAGCGAGCUCCCAAGCACCGAUUCACUCCCCAGGUGUCCCAGAGCCAGGGCUGGGCCAGGAAUGAAGCGAGCAGCUGGGAACGCCAUCCAGGUCUCCCCUGUUAGGGUCCGAAAACGCCCACCGCCCAAGGAACGACUCCAAGAGACUUUUCUCUCAUGCAACCAGCAAAGGGUUAAAGAUUUAUUGAUCCAACACGUUGGGGCUCUCUGAACAUACAAGAACAGAGGAGCCUCGAGGAACUAAAGUAUAGCGUUUAUAAAGGCAAAAACCGCAAAAUCGGGAAGGGGGAGAGAAUACACGGUUGCUAAAAUCUUACAAUCAGCAAUUAUGAUCUUAAGACAUAGACAAAUCACAUCUUCAUUAUUAGCCCAGGUAACCCAAGUGCAACCUUUCUACUUUUAAGCUUGAGCAAUCACGCAAGGGGGGGGGGUUUGUGCUCUGCCAAGGGUGAUGUAGUGCACUGCUAUUGUCCGACUAUUUGAGAUCAUAGUUUCAGACCAGAGUCUCACGGUGGGGGGGUUGCUUUCCCAGAAUGCAGUCUCAAGUGCUCCAAAAUGGAGUCCCUACUGUCAAGGUGCUACUUCACUCUGUCUUAUUUUCACAGCUGCACCAGGAAGGUUUAAACCUGUAAGCUUAAGCUUAACUUUUUACACCUGCACAUAUACAAUUUUAACUCUUCACCCCCAUGGGUUGCAGGGACAUCCCCCCCCCGCUGAGCCAUAGUCACUGCUCCUCAGGGUCUGCAUUAGCAGGAAGCUGGAGUCAGGAGCCUGAGCCUGGUGUGCAGCCCAGGCACAGGGGGCGGGCACGGGCAUCUCGGCCGCUAGGCCAAAUACCCGCCUGCUGUGCACCUUCACAGCGUGGAGCAAAUGUCCGCUGUGCCCACCAUCGGCCCCCUCUGCCAGCACCAUCUGCAAUGUCGUCUGGCUCUGAGCCCCGAGGAGAGCUGUUUCCUGUAGAGGCCCUGCAGGGCUUUCUCCCUCCUCCUGUGAGUUUCCCACGAUCCCUCCUGAGUUUCCAAAUCCUCUUUGUGGCCCACACGGCGCAAGCUGAGGGCACGGGGCAGCCAUCCCCGAGGCGCCCGGGCCCUGGAUGCUCCGCCCAUACAGGCAGGAACGUUCCUGGAAGAGGGACCUCACACCCCAGAGACCCCCUCUGGCUGGGGAACAGUCUCUUCUCGUUCUUUGUGGCAAGUUCUCCAGCCGCUUUAGGCUUCUCUUGGGUCCCCCCGCUGGAGCGUUUCCCUGCUUGCUCUUCCUGGUGGUUGAUUUUCACGGGGCUGACUGUCGGCAAACACUGACCACGCACCCGGCACACCCGUCCUGCAGCUUCACGGCCACCUCGUCCCUCUGCCCAGUGCCAGUGCCACCUCUGCUCUCCUGGGUCUGAACCUCUCUGGUUGCACAGUCACCCACCAGCCCUUAACAGCUGCUGCCAUUUUUGUUCCUGUUGAGAGACGUCCUUGGGAGGGGACAGGGAGCGGAGGGAGAGAGCUCUGUGCUCUGUACCCUGACUCGUCCAAGCCAGGCCCCAACUCAGGGAGGGUGGGCACUGCUUCUCCAUCUUACAGCAAGGCAACUGAAGCCUAGGGAGCCCCCGGAAUAGGCCCAUGCCACAGCUCGGCAUUGGACAGAGAAAGUGCCUGUGGCUGCCGGGCACAGGCACGGUGCCCACCCCCCUCCCACUUUCCCCUUGCUGAAAAAUCCCAUUCAACAGUCCCCCAGCCUGGCCGCCUAGGAGAGAGGCGCAGCCCUGCAGGCUGAUGCCGAUGGUGAUCGGCACCACCCUAAACACUCUCGGGGCCCCGUGACCAGUCAUGAGCACUCUGACGUGAUUUAGGAAAUCAGGUGACUACCUCUACACAGAAAUGAGCCCUCCUGGCCAAGUGUGGGGGGAUAGUCUCUGGGGAGCAGGGGGUGGGAACAGCGCAAGUUCUGUGACGCAUACACCAUUCUGUGAUGAAGACACACUGUUCUGUAUCACAGAUACCACGUUCCAUGAUGCAGACACACUGUUCCAUGAUGCAGACACACUGUUCCAUGACGCAGACACACUGUUCCAUGAUGCAGACACACUGUUCCAUGAUGCAGACACACUGUUCCGUGACGCAGACACACCAUCCGAUGACACAGACACACUGUUCUGACACACACACCAUUCCAUGACACAAACACACUGUUCUGUGACGCAGCCACACCAUUCCAUGGCAGACACACCAUUCCAUGAUAUAGACACACCAUUCUGUGACAGACACAUUGUUCCGUGACAGACGCACUGUUCUGUGAUGCAGACACACUGUUCCGUGACGCAGACACACCAUCCCAUGACAUAGACACACUGUUCUGACACAGACACACCAUCCCAUGACACACACUGUUCUGUGACACAGCCACACCGUUCCAUGACACAAACACACUGUUCCGUGACGCAGCCACACCAUUCCAUGGCAGACACACCAUUCCAUGAUAUAGACACACCAUCUGUGACAGACACAUUGUUCCGUGACAGACGCACUGUUCUGAGGUCUUGACCACUGUGGUCCCUCACACAAUUUCAGGAGGCGCCAUCCUCCCGGUUCUCCGUCUGUGCCUGGGGCUGACAGCCCCAGCACCCGCGUUGGCUACAGGUUCUGUGACGGACACAUCUCAUUCCCAGCUUGUUGCUGCUUUUCUGCCUUUAUCAAGGAGCGAUAUUUGGAAUGCAGUAUUCAGCAUCAAGUAGUGUUGAGAAUAGAAGUGGAAGACCCACUGUUCACUGCACACACGUUCCAUACUGGGUACAGGGCCAGGCGAGUCUACCACCCCCGCCCCACACUGUAAACACUCAACAUUAAAAUGCGACUGAGAUGAACUUUAAAUACUCAACCCCAUUUCCAGUAGCUCCAAAGUCUGUCUGUAGGAAUGACGUGGGUGUACGGUAGACGGCUGCAGAUGGGAGCAGGUGCAUGUCCACCGGGGCAGAGCACACACUUAGAUACAACCAGGACGGACACUCCGUCUUCCCUGGGGAACCACGGCCUCUCCUGCCACGUGGAGGAAUUCCCCAAAUCGUAUUCCCUCCCUUCCCGGCUGCUGUCACCACGUCCGUGAGGACACCCGAGGAGAAACGGCAUCCUUUACUCGGAUCCUCGGCUUCAAGCUCCUGAUAAGUCACAUUUCCCAUAAAAACGAAGUGAACGUACUGCACUAAUCUGUACACAGAUCACACGACUUAAAAAUGUAAGUAGCCCAGAUUUUUUUUACUUGACAUUUGACAAAUCUGCAUUCUCCUUGUCACCCUUGAGUGCCUCAAAAUAAAAUUAUUGAUAUUUCCAUGUUUACCUCUAUGUAAAAUCCACCAUAUCCUUGAUUCACCCCUCCCUUGGGUUUCAGACAGGCUGCUCUUCAUGUCAAACCUGUCACUCCCCCUCUUCGUGGAGGAACGACACUAAACCCUGCCUAGGUUUCCUAUCCGAGUCACGGCACCAUUAUGUCGCUCCCCCUCUUCGCGGAGGAAUGACACAGGACCCUGCGUUGUUCUCUCGUCUGCUCGGCCCUUCCCGGGUUUGCUGCUGGUUCUUCCCGGGUUGGCUACCGUCCCUUCACCUCCAUGGAAGGGCGGUUCCCCCUGCCACUUUCCCCACUUCCGCGGGGGAGCGGCACACCGCCGGCCGGCUCUCUCGGGGGCUGCACAGGUGUUCCUUAGGUGUUGCCCUUAGGUGUUCCCUGGUGCAUGUUGUCUCUCUCCUCCUAUAUAGUCCUCUUCCACCAAUCCCAACUCUGCUACCCACACGCCGAGUACGCUGCUCUCCUCCAAUCAGGAGCAGGUCCUACAGUUUAUUGGUUGAACUGGAGGCAGCUGUGUAGAAGCUGUUUCCUCCUCUCCCAGCGCCAUAUUGUGGGAGAGCAGAUGCAUAGAAUAAGUCUUAAUUUCAGUAACUUAGUCUAGUCCGAGUUGCUCCCCACAAAACCUGUCAUGUAUCAUGGUAUCUCACAGCAUGCUUCGCCGUGGCCCUCAAAGCUGAGCUGAAAGCCCACUUGGUAAGGCCCACGAGUGUCCUUCCCAGGGCCGGGUGAGAGUUCCGGUGACACAGGCCGUAUUCAGCCCGUCGCUGCAUCCUAUAUGUGCCCGGCCACGUGCCCACACCGGCUUUCUGUCCCGACACUGCAGGGUGGACACACCUCCCAGGCCUCCCAAUCCUGUCUGCCCUAGGAGCUUGGCUGUCAGCCCCAGACCCGGGGCUGCCUGUGGCUUUCCCGAGCUCUGAGCUCCCCCGCAGGCAUUUCUUCCACACACACUGCUCCACACUCUUGAAAGAAAAUCAUGAAGGCUACAACAGCCACCACAAUCCCGUUUAUCAGAAACCUUCCAGAAAAUGACAGCGUGAAAGACCUCCACCAGUCAGUCCACAGACUGGCUGAUGGAGCACAUCUGUGGGUGCCCCGAAGGCUGCAGCCAGCAGCCGUGGGGGUGCCGUGAAGCGGGACAGCCCCAGAGGAAGGAUCAGCCCGUCUCCCCUGGCUCCGGGCAGGGCCGCUUGCUCCUGCUAGGUCAGUGCCGAGCUGUGCUUCUCCUGAAAGGCAUUAACGUGGAGGAAAGCAUCCGCCGGCCACUCUCGGGGCUGUUUCGAGGAGUCUAUGAGCGAUUCAUCGGGGCCCUCGCAUGGGCCUUGCUCUGUACCCUGGCGGCUGUGGCAUCCUGGUGAGCCAAGGGUAACCCUGCCACCGAAACGCACAGCCAAACUCUUAUCAGAAGAUGCCUUUUUUUCCCUAAAUGUCAUAUGUACAAUUUUUAUUGGAGCAUGAUGACAGAUAGAGAAUAACUUAACAUAAAUUUGCAUAAUACAAUACAGCUGUAAAUUUAUGAUCAUAUUAAAACACAAAGUUUUGUGGUUUGAGGCAUUUAAAAGUCUUCAUUUUCUGAAACUUUCCCUCCUGUUGGCUGCUUGUUUAUGACUUAGGGCUGCCCAAUGAAAUAGAAGCAUCUGGUUCGAUUUGACUUUCAGAUAACAAUGAACUUUGUAGUGUAUGUCAUGUAAUAUUUGCACCAUAUACUAAAUAUCACUGUAUAUCUGAAAUUCACACUUAACUGAGGGUUUACUUUUUUUUUUUAAUCAAAAGAUGAGGGACAGAGACCUUCCAUCCGCUGGUUCACUCCCCCUGGCAACAGCCAGGGCUGGGCCAGACGGAAGCCAGGAGCCUGAAACUGGGCUCCUCCGUGGGUCACAGGGACCCCAGCACUUGGCCAUCAUCUGCUGCCUCCAGGGUGCGCUCCAGCAGGAGGCAGGAACAGAGCUGGGGCUUGAAUCGGGCCCUCCCCUAUGGCAUGGGGGUGUCCUACGGGGCAGCUUGGCCACUGCACCCAACGCCUGACCACUUCCUGGGCUGCUCGGAUUUCCAAGUUCGCAUCAUUUCUGAUCUCAACUAUUUACAUCACCACUUACGGCAGCCACGUGGCUGACACCAGCGCCUGAUUCAUUUUGGUGCUUGCCCUUGCCCUUUGACCUUCAGCAGUCACUGCCCAGCCCCAACCUUGGCCCCCAGCGAGCUCAGUGGGGCGCCUCGGGAGAUCUCAGCAGUCAGUCUUCCGUGUUCUCUCACUGGGACUGGCCCCAACAGUAACUACUGCUUGUUGCCAUCUUCCCCUAACUAUGAAGCAGGCCGGGUGCCCUAAAUGUUCCCUUCUAGAGUUGAGAGAGCAGGCGGCUUUUCGGGGUCUCACGGGAGUGCAGAACUCCUGCUGCUUGCCUACCUCUUGGGCUCUGUCACCAGGAGUCGGGCUGCUGAGCUGAGCUGCAAACGAGCAAGCUGGCAGGAAGAGACAGCGGGCCAAGAGAACUCUGUGUGUUGCCCAUCUUUCUCACCCCAUCUAAAUUUUCAAGCCACAUCCACAACUUUCCGGAAUCUUACCAUCCUCCAGUUACUAUCCUGUGGAUCCUCGUCUGGGGCCAUCUGCUCCACACACGUUUUUUCCCCAGCUGCGAGGGACACAUCCCACAGAAAUCCAUUGUCCCCGGAGCACCCUCAUCACUCCUCCCCUGUGACUGCCACACUCCACCUUGGCCUCAGACUCCAAGGUCAGGGGUUGCAUCACUCAGUUUACCCAGAGAAGGGAAUUCGUCUCUCUCCUCUGUCUCCUAGGAAUACACUUUCCACUUGGAGCCCCUGGUCCCAGCAGCUACUGCACGAGCUGCCAGUGAGAAAGUGCUCAAUUUUCCCUCCCAAAAAUUUAUUUAUAAGGCAGGCACACACACACACAUGCACACACACAGAUCUUCUAUCACUGGUUCACUCCCCCAGUGGCCACAACAACCAGGGCUGGGCCAGGGCACAGCAGGAGCCGGGGACUCCACCCAGGUCUCCCACGUGGGUGGCAGGGAUCCAAGCACUUGGGCCACCCUCUGCUGCCUCCCAGGGCAGGUGCUAUGGUCUGAAGUGUCUGGAGGCGCAUCAGCAGGGGCUGGAUCGGAAACAGUGGCCUGGAUUUGAACCAGCACUUUGGUGUGGGGUGUGGGUGUCCCAGGCAGGCUCGACCCUCUGCGCCGUAACACCCGCCCCGAGAAAAUGCUUCUCUUGCCUAUCUCGGGGCCUGGCUGGGGGAACCUGCACCCACCCCUCAGGGAACGCUUGGUACCCUGCUCAGAGCAAGACUCACAAGAACAUUCUCCGGUUCCACAGUCCUUUCUCAAUCUCACCUCCGCGCACCUGGGCUGCAGUGGGCGGGUGGUAGGAGCACAGGCCCCGAGUCCAGCUCGCUCCUCUCCAGGCUGGGACCCUGGAGCAGACGCAGAUCCUCUGAAGCUCCAUGCCUUUCCUAAGAGGGACAUGCCUGGCAACUGCUCCUUUAGGCUCAGGCCUAACGGGGGUUGAUGGGUACAGUACUUAGCACAGAGCCUAGCACCUACAUUACUUUUUAAUCCUGCACUGUCAUUUCAAAUCUUUCGACUCUUCCUGCUACAACCGUUUUACGGAAUCCCCUUGGAAUCCGUGUCCUAGUGCCACGGACGGGGUCGUGUGUGAACAGCGGCUUCCUUAGCUCGCGUCUCAGGAAACCCAGGAGCAGGGCUCUAGCUGCAGGUGAGGGCCUCUGCCGGGUGCUGGCGGAGGGCACCGGGGCGAGGCAGAGCCUGGGUGCUAGCUCGGGCUCUCUUCCCCUUCGGAUACAGCACUGAGGACCCCACAUCCAAUCCCAACCCCCUCCCGCAGGCCCCGCCUGCUAGUCCAGUGACAAGAGGAUUCGUCUCCAACACAGGGAUUCCAGGGGCACCUCCAGACCACUGCCUCUUAGGCACGUGUCCCAUGGGUCUGUCCUGGCGCUGGGCUGUGACUCUGCCCCGCCCGAGGCCUCCACACUGCCUUAGCCACUCCUGGCUGACCCCCUUCCCUACAGCUCAGAACUUUUCCUGUCCUCCCACCCCUCCAACAAAGCCCAUUUCUGACAUCCCACUUUCCCAGGACACAGUUUUUACCCAGGGACCAAAAAGCAAUGAUGGCGCUGCCAGGGUGAGAGAACCUGGGAGAUUCACUGAUGGGGAGCCUUGCAACCAGGGCCUGAGUGCCCUCUCCCACGUCCUACCGGGGGCACCUGCCCACCGUGCCAGGAAUGAGAGCCUCGUCCAGGGUGAGGCUGGGCUGUCCCUUGAGCAUGGCUGCAUCGUGCCGACGUCCUCCCGUUAACUGGCUCCCGCUGGCUUCCAUCCAGGGAGUAACCCCCGGGAAAGAGCACACUUCGCCCCUUGGGCGUCUGCAACUCUUCAAGUCCCCUGCCCACCCAUGGGCCCCUCCAGCCUGGCUCUGUUCCUUGGAAAGCAGACCCCAUGGGCGCGGACAGCACGCGGCCAAGCUUGGCAGCUGCUUCCAUAGUUGUUCCCAAAGGCCAGGGUGGCUCCAUUAACAACGCACCAGACUUAUCAUCCUGGCGUUUACCUAAAGCUGUCUCCGUGACUGUAACCCUUUAGGGUGGUAAGCCCUGUCAUUUAUAACACCCUGGAUGGAAAAAGUUCUUCCUUCAAGUGCUCAAAAAAAUUAACUCCGUCAAGCCUCACAGAGUUUGCAGAACAAUGUCCUGUCUCACGCUCCUCAUCUUUUCUUCGACCCACUUAGCACUUUCGACUUUACUUUUCCUGACGGGACUCUGUCUCCUCCCGCCAGGCUGACAGGCACCUGCGCUAGCGUCCCCAAGGCCCCUGGGGAUGAGUGGAUGGGCCACUCUUCCCACUACGGUCCCACUUCCUCCUGUCCCACUCCACCUGUUGCCGUCAUGUCCCGGACAGCCAGGGGGCCAGAACGAGGGCACCAGGAGCCUGUUAGCAACACAGCUCAUGGCGAGUCCCGUCUCCAGAUACGGCCUCAGACGCGAGCAUCUUCAGGCAGCUAUCAAAUGAAAGCACUGGUCAGGCGACCGCCGCCACAGCCUGGCCAGCGGGAAGCCAACCGCUGAGGUCUCUACAGCCGAGGCACCCAACGUCGUGGAGCUCCCCCUGGUGCCAGGCGUCAUUUACGUGCUGCCGUGAGCUGUGCCGUUUGCUGGUGACUCCUGGCACCAGAUGGUCCCUGUCUUGCUCAGUGAGAAACUGAGGCUGCCACGGUCAAGUUGGCUAAGGCCAGGCAGCUGGUGAGGGGAGAAGCACAGAUUCAGACGUGGGCGGUUCAGUCCUGUGUGCUUUGAGCCGCACUGCCGGUCCCUGAGGUGCAAGUUUGAAGGAGGAGGCAGGAGACAGGCCCUGGAGGAGUGCCCAGGCUGUCUGUAAGAGCCGAACCUGGUACAGUGUUCCAGAAGCCGUGGGCCUGGGCAGUUCCCUGGAGCUUAGAGGCUCAGCGUGGGCCCAUGCUCAGCCAGGGCCCCCCACAGGGGUCCCAGAAAGCCCAGGGCCAGGCCGCAGGGAGUAUGCUCCGGCCGGGAAGGGCCCACAGCCCUGAGAACCAGCGGAGCCUGCAAUGGAGUCCUGUUUGGCCUGUGUUGCUCUGCUCAACCCGUCCAGCCAAUACUCUCAGGAGUGCCAGGCCUCCAGGUUCCUUCCUCAGUGCCACCCUGUCCCUGGCUUCACUCUGCCGUGAAUCUGUUUUUGGGGCCCCUGAGCCCACAGCUCACUAUGGCCGCUGGCCUCCACUAAGGCACCGCACGGGGACAGCCAGAGCUUUCUGGAGUCAGUUCCAGCCUUGUCUCGACCCUGUAGAGUGGUCACCCUAGUGCUCACUCAUUUUUUUGAACACUGGGACACUAGGUAACCUGGGGGCUCUGCAGACUGGAGCAGGUGAACCAGGCCACCCUUGCCUCGGCCUAAAGGACUCUGGGGGCCCUGGGGACCUCCCUGACCUUAGAGGUGGUGGCUUCCCCAUCCAGGGACAAAGCAGGGCAGGCGUUGGGCGUAGUGGUUAAGAUACCACUUGGGACACGGGCACCCCGUAUCAGAGUGCCUGGAUUUUAGUCUCAGCUCCAAUCCUGAGUCUGGCUUUCCGCUAAUGAGCCCUGGGAGGCAGCAGGUGAUGGCGCAAGCAGCUGGGUUCCUGCCAUCCACCCGGGAGACCCAGACUGUCAGGUUCUGGCUUCAGCCUGACCCAAGCCCCACUGUUGUGGGACAUUUUGGAGGUGAACCCAUGGAUGGGAGAUGUCCCUCUCGAUGUCUAUCUCUCCGCCUUUCAAAAAAUAAAUAUGAACUUUUAAAAUUAACAUUUAAAAAAAAAAACCAUAAAAUAAAGGAAUGGUGCCAUUCCAUCCAGUGGUUUCCAGUUUUACAAAAUUCAGUUCCCGAGCUAGAAAUCCAACCCCACCUACUGUUAGUCAAAGUCUUGGGAGAGACGCUCUCUUCUUGGGCCACUGGGACAAGGAUCUCAGCAGCCUGUGGUAGAGUCCAAGUGGGCAGAGAUCAAAGCAAUAGCACAGCCAGCCCAGAGUCCUAUCCCAGGGUGCCAGGGGCAGGGCCGGAGAGAGACAACCCCCAGGCUGGGCACGGCUGCAGAGGUUCUGUGUGCCUUUGAAAAUCUGAAUUAACUGCCAAAAUGUUUAAAUCACAUGGAUUUCACAAAAAUUUAGGUUCCAGCUUUUGAGAACCAAGGAAGCCCAGGCCACCCUGCGCUGUCUCCAGCAGCGGCCACAAGUUCAGGCCUCCACCCCCAUCAAGGCCUCGAGGCAGCAGCCCUGCCCCAUUCCAUCUGAGCUGCUCGGACCACCGACUCCGAUGGCCAUGUGCCUGUCCGGCCCGGCCUCGGCCGCUGCAGCCAAGCGGGGAGUGAACCAGAGGAUGGAAGACCUCUCUCUCUGUCUGUCUCUCCCUCUCUGGGAACAGGAGCUCAGUUUGCAUCACCCUCUGAGCUACUGACCUUGACCUUUGACCCACCUCCGGUUCCUUGCUUGUUCAUUUUGACUCUGGGGGUCUGGGGCGGGGGGGCGCUUUUCUGUCUAUGUCUCCUUCCAACCUCUCACGCCAUGGGAGGGCCAGCUCUGCUCCCCUCCACCGCCCCGACCUCAGCACG